GCGGAUGGUAUACUAGGUAGGUAGUGAACAACAUGCAGAUGGUUGAUGAAGCCGGGUCAUAUAUACCCGGGGAACAGAGGUGAGUGUAUGAAUGCAGCGGAAGGAAAACAACAGCAGCAGCAGCAGCAGCAAAAACAACAACAACAAAAAGAAGUAGUAGAAGAAAGAGGAGUGGAAGAAGCAGAAGAAGAUAUAAACAGGGUAUGUGCACAACAUAGCAUAACAUAACAUAACAUAACAAUCAUUCAAUCACAAAUCUACCA